AUGCGCGUCAUGACGGCUACCCGGAACACAUAGAGAUUGGAAGCCACGUUGACAACGAAGUGGUGUUUUGUUUCAUUCCAAAACCGGUGGAAUAACGGUAACUGCACCGGUGUGUCUGUCCAGCGGCCAAAGGGGUUGAAAAUCGUACAGAAGGACAAGCCACUUCACCGGAAAGAUGAGUGUAGGAUUCAUCGGAGCCGGCCAGCUGGCUCACGCGCUGGUGAAAGGGUUCACAUCUGCGGGUGUAAUAGCUACUCAGAGAAUCAUAGCCAGUUCUCCAGAUACUGAUCUGCCUACUGUUGCUGGCCUGAGGAAAAUGGGUGCUAUCCUCACCACCAGUAACAAGGAGGUGGUGAACAAGAGUGAUGUCCUGUUCCUGGCAGUCAAACCCCACAUCAUCCCCUUUGUGCUGGAUGAGAUUGGACCAGACAUCGAGGACAGACACCUUAUAGUGUCCUGUGCUGCAGGAGUCACCAUCAGCUCUAUAGAGAAGAAGCUGCUUCAGUACCGUCCGUUCCCCAAGGUGAUGAGGUGUAUGACCAACACCCCCGUCGUGGUGAGAGAGGGAGCUACAGUCUACGCUACAGGAACACAUGCUGAGGUGGAGGAUGGUAAGUUGUUGGAACAGCUGAUGGCCAGUGUUGGGUUCUGUACAGAGGUGGAGGAGGACCUUAUCGAUGCCGUCACCGGCCUCAGUGGCAGCGGCCCCGCCUACGCGUUCACAGCUCUGGAUGCCCUAGCCGAUGGAGGGGUGAAGAUGGGUCUACCCAGGAGACUAGCGGUCAGACUGGGAGCUCAGGCACUACUGGGAGCAGCUAAGAUGUUGUUGGACUCUGAGCUGCACCCUGGCCAGCUGAAGGACAACGUGUGUUCCCCUGGGGGAGCCACCAUCCACGCCCUGCACGUGAUGGAGAGUGGCGGAUUCCGCAGUCUGCUCAUCAACGCCGUGGAGGCUUCUUGUAUCAGGACACGGGAGCUGCAGUUCCUAGCGGACCAGGAGCGCAUCUCCCCGGCAGCCAUUAAGAAGACCACCCUGGACAAGGUCCUGCAGCAGCCUGGGGUCAGCCAGGGGUCAGGGGCCAACGGCAAGCCAGGACUCAGCCUCAGGAGAAACCCCCCAGGACCUGUCAAGAAGAACAACUGAGAUUGAGACACACACACACCACCUAUAACACCAGGAAUCCGCGUCAGGAGAAACCCCCCAGGACCUGUCAAGAAGAACAGCGAUGGAUGGACAAACACAUACACUCUCUUUCUCUCAAAAUUUGUAAAUGCAGCUUGCACAGACCCAUAGCCUUGUCUGACAGGGAGUCCGUGUACACACACUUGAACAGAAAUGCAUGUACAACAUGCCGCCUGUCUACCUUGUCUUCAGUCUGUCUGAGGAUGUGUGUCUCCGCGGUGAUAACGACCCAAUGGGCCAAAACAUCAGUGAAUAUUUCAGAUAGAAAUGCAAUGCAUAGAGCUGACAUGAUUCCUUAUUCUGCAUGACAGAGGAAUUCAUAGAAUCUGUUCUUUUCAAUGCAUUUCUUUCUGAGCGUUUUCUUUUUAAUGUUGCCCCUGCAGCCGAAGCAGGCAACAGAUGGCUUCAGUGAUGUAUUUUUUUGCCUGAUGACUCAAACUGAAUUCUUCCCACUGCUCUGUUCACUGCAAACGUUGAAGUCGUUUGUGGUGACGUCAUAAUGAGGGAUGUUGUACAAAAGUGAUCAGCGAUUGGAUCACCUCGAACCAAUCAGAGCAUCAAAGCCAAUGACAAUUUUUUUAAAAAAACACCUCUUUACUCACGUGUGCUUUGACUCUGGCCCAACCCAUUUGUUUCUGGGACCAAUCGGAACCUUUGUGUUCAGGAAAACCUGUCAGGGGCGGGAUACUCAGAUCCAGACUCAUGGCGGAGAAUUAAUGCUAGUGGCCUAGCGUUUUCACGGGAGCAAGGCGUUUGGGUACCUAGGCAAGCCAUUUCUAAGGUAGUGUCCCAAAUUGCACCCUAUUUUCCCCCUCCCCAAUAGGGGUCAAAGGUAGUGCACUAUAAAGGAAAUAGGCUGCCAUUUGGGAUUUACACCAAGUGUACUAUACAGACAGUUACAAUGUAUUUUCUAUGAAGCCAUAUCACGCCAUGAAAAGCCUUUCAUUGGGCUUGUUGUGAUUUUCUUGUCGUUAUUCUUGACCUACAGUGUUAUUUUAUGGACUGACUGAACAACAACUGUUUUGAGUUUUUGUUUUUUACAUAUUCUAUUGUCCGUAUGUUGUGGUCACCAUCAGGACAAAAAAUAAACACUAGCCACCAGACGAGUCAACACUAGCCACCAGACAAGUGAACACUAGCCACCAGACAAGUGAACACUAGCCACCAGACGAGUGAACACUAGCCACCAGACAAGUGAACACUAUCCACCAGACAAGUGAACACUAGCCACCAGACAAGUGAACACUAGCCACCAGACAAAUAAACACUAGCCACCAGACAAAUAAACACUAGCCACCAGACAAAUAAACACUAGCCACCAGACAAAUAAACACUAGCCACCAGACAAAUGAACACUAGCCCCCAGACAAAUGAACACUAGCCCCCAGACAAAUGAACACUAGCCACCAGACAAAUGAACACUAGCCACCAGACAAAUGAACACUAGCCACCAGACAAAUGAACACUAGCCACCAGACAAAUGAACACUAGCCACCAGACAAAAAACACUAGCCACCAGACAAAUGAACACUAGCCACCAGACAAAUAAACACUAGCCACCAGACAAAUAAACACUAGCCACCAGACAAAUGAACACUAGCCACCAGACAAAUUAACAGUAGCCACCAGACAAGUGAACAGUAGCCACCAGACAAAUGAACACUAGCCACUAGUAAUCUGCAUAGAUUACCAGAACUAAACCAGACCUGGAGACGUGUUCAACAUCUCAGUAACCACAGCAACGUGAUGUAACAAUCUGAUCAUCUGCAUAGAUUACCAGAACUAAACCAUACCUGGAGACGUGUUCAACAUCUCAGUAACCACAGCAACGUGAUGUAACAAUCUGAUCAUCUGCAUAGAUUACCAGAACUAAACCAUACCUGGAGACGUGUUCAACAUCUCAGUAACCACAGCAACGUGAUGUAACAAUCUGAUCAUCUGCAUAGAUUACCAGAACUAAACCAGACCUGGAGACAUGUUCAACAUCUCAGUAACCACAGCAACGUGAUGUAACAAUCUGAUCAUCUGCAUAGAUUACCAGAACUAAACCAGACCUGGAGACAUGUUCAACAUCUCAGUAACCACAGCAACGUGAUGUAACAAUCUGAUCAUCUGCAUAGAUUACCAGAACUAAACCAGACCUGGAGACGUGUUCAACAUCUCAGUAACCACAGCAACGUGAUGUAACAAUCUGAUCAUCUGCAUAGAUUACCAGAACUAAACCAGACCUGGAGACAUGUUCAACAUCUCAGUAACCACAGCAACGUGAUGUAACAAUCUGAUCAUCUGCAUAGAUUACCAGAACUAAACCAGACCUGGAGACGUGUUCAACAUCUCAGUAACCACAGCAACGUGAUGUAACAAUCUGAUCAUCUGCAUAGAUUACCAGAACUAAACCAGACCUGGAGACAUGUUCAACAUCUCAGUAACCACAGCAACGUGAUGUAACAAUCUGAUCAUCUGCAUAGAUUACCAGAACUAAACCAGACCUGGAGACGUGUUCAACAUCUCAGUAACCACAGCAACGUGAUGUAACAAUCUGAUCAUCUGCAUAGAUUACCAGAACUAAACCAGACCUGGAGACAUGUUCAACAUCUCAGUAACCACAGCAACGUGAUGUAACAAUCUGAUCAUCUGCAUAGAUUACCAGAACUAAACCAGACCUGGAGACAUGUUCAACAUCUCAGUAACCACAGCAACGUGAUGUAACAAUCUGAUCAUCUGCAUAGAUUACCAGAACUAAACCAGACCUGGAGACAUGUUCAACAUCUCAGUAACCACAGCAACGUGAUGUAACAAUCUGAUCAUCUGCAUAGAUUACCAGAACUAAACCAGACCUGGAGACAUGUUCAACAUCUCAGUAACCACAGCAACGUGAUGUAACAAUCUGAUCAUCUGCAUAGAUUACCAGAACUAAACCAUACCUGGAGACAUGUUCAACAUCUCAGUAACCACAGCAACGUGAUGUAACAAUCUGAUCAUCUGCAUAGAUUACCAGAACUAAACCAGACCUGGAGACAUGUUCAACAUCUCAGUAACCACAGCAACGUGAUGUAACAAUCUGAUCAUCUGCAUAGAUUACCAGAACUAAACCAGACCUGGAGACGUGUUCAACAUCUCAGUAACCACAGCAACGUGAUGUAACAAUCUGAUCAUCUGCAUAGAUUACCAGAACUAAACCAGACCUGGAGACAUGUUCAACAUCUCAGUAACCACAGCAACGUGAUGUAACAAUCUGAUCAUCUGCAUAGAUUACCAGAACUAAACCAGACCUGGAGACGUGUUCAACAUCUCAGUAACCACAGCAACGUGAUGUAACAAUCUGAUCAUCUGCAUAGAUUACCAGAACUAAACCAGACCUGGAGACAUGUUCAACAUCUCAGUAACCACAGCAACGUGAUGUAACAAUCUGAUCAUCUGCAUAGAUUACCAGAACUAAACCAGACCUGGAGACAUGUUCAACAUCUCAGUAACCACAGCAACGUGAUGUAACAAUCUGAUCAUCUGCAUAGAUUACCAGAACUAAACCAGACCUGGAGACAUGUUCAACAUCUCAGUAACCACAGCAACGUGAUGUAACAAUCUGAUCAUCUGCAUAGAUUACCAGAACUAAACCAGACCUGGAGACAUGUUCAACAUCUCAGUAACCACAGCAACGUGAUGUAACAAUCUGAUCAUCUGCAUAGAUUACCAGAACUAAACCAGACCUGGAGACAUGUUCAACAUCUCAGUAACCACAGCAACGUGAUGUAACAAUCUGAUCAUCUGCAGACAUAUUCUGUCUAUCUGUUAAGUGAGGAAGACUCAUCCUUCAGUGAAGAAGAUGCUACCAUGUUAUUAUGUCUCUCUGAAAGGGAACGUGGGAUUUAACCUUCCAGUAUAUUUACUUUAUCUUCGUCGUCAGUCACUUUAACAUGGAACUAUUCAUUUGUAUGUUUUGAUACUGAUUAGGAAAAUGUGUAUGGUCAAUUACCAAAGGCUCUGUCCUACAUUGUAUAUUGAGUUAGCAUAUGUUAGUGAAAGGAGGCAAGUUGAGGAAGCUACCUACCAUAGAGUAUUGGGAUGCAGCCCAGCUCUAGCUGGUCAGUUGUUUCAACUCAGCAUCUGGAGACACAGGGGAAGUCACAGUAUGUGGACGUGUGUGUGUGUCCCCCUGUUGCCUUGACAAGUACAGUUCUACAGAUGUCAUGGCCCGUCAUCGUCACAUACUCAACGGGGGACAGACGGGGUAAAGUUUCAACCCCAGUGCCCCCGCGGAUACAAAUAGACAUUUGUGAAGAGUGGCUGUGUACCAAAUGUACCACCCUAUUCCCUACAUAGUGCUCUGAGGGUCCUGGUCCAGUGUUGUCUACUAUACAGGGAAUGUGGUGGCAUUUGGGAGUCAGGAUGCAGACAGUUUUUCCCUCGCUGCCAUAGAUACGGACUCUGAUUGGUUGGCGAGGGAGGAAACGAGCCGCCGGUUUUAGAACCCUGUCGGCAAUCUGAAGGAGGUGGGUGACAUGUCAGGUCCAGGAGAGGUUCAGGUCAGGGUGGAUGUGGCAUUCUAUUCCCUAUAUAGUGCAACACUUCUGACUAGGACCCAUAGGGCUGUGGUCAGAAAGUAGUGCACUAGGAAAUGCGGGUGCCAAUGAGCAUGCACAGACUGGCUCAUGAGGUUACCCAACGUCAACAUCUACUUUUUGGUGGCACAUUGCUAUUUAGAUUGUAAUGGGGGUGACCCCCAGCCCUCCUGCAAUUCAAAUCAUGGUUCAUUUCCUGUCUUUUUUUUCUCUCCUUUUGUACUCUACUUGUAAAGUCAAACUAAAAGAAAGUCAUCCAAGUUAAUUUUACUUCUACAAUAACUUUUAUAUUACCUUCAACAAUAUGACGGGACACAGACCAAUUGUUUGUUUGCCUCUGAAAUGUGACUGCAGAAGACCAUGUUGUGUGAGAGUUGUCCUCCACGGCGUGUCCAUUGUAAAGUCUGCAGUUUGAUUAGACGACAUACUUUACGAGGCGCCAGGUGUAGAAGGUAAUGACAAUAUGCAGGAAAACCGCGGAGACAAGCGGCUGUGGAGAUAAAUGUUCCCCAAUCACAGCGGAACAAUACUAACCGCUUGCAGCCUACAGGAUUACCUAGAUUACGGUUAAAAGUGGCCUUUGAUUAAAGUGUGUGUGUAAAAAAAUAAAAAUAAAGGCCUUGAUUAAAA